AUGACUGUAGAAUUAAAAGAGCUAGCACCGUUGCUGCUCAAGAAAGAACGUGCAAAUGGUGAGAUCAACCCGACAAUACUAACAAUUGUCUUGCGUAAUGGAAAAGAGGCCAAUGAUCGUCGCAAACAGCUCGUCCAAGUCAUUGAACGUCAUCCCGUGCUGUCGGACCGUAAUCUGAUGUUUCGUAAUCAUACGGAACGCUACGAGUUUGGACUAAAAAAGGCGUUUCACUUUAUCAAACUAUUACAAGAAGGCAAAUAUGACGAUCCAGAGGAUCAACAGAUUCUGUACAAGGCACUGGGAGAACAUCUUGGCUUUGAUGUGCAUCGAGCGAUGUUUAUUCCAACGCUGGAGAAUCAAGGAGACGAUGAACAACGAGCGAAAUGGCUACCAUUGGCUAAAAAAUACAAGAUUCUAGGAGCUUAUGCUCAGACGGAACUCGGUCAUGGGUCCAAUGUGCAGGGCAUUGAAACUGUCGCGACAUACGAUAAAGCCACUCAAGAGUUUAUUAUUGACUCGCCUACACUAACAAGUCGCAAGUGGUGGCCAGGAGGGUUGGGUAAGACGGCCAAUUAUGCAAUUGUGCAUGCAAGACUGUACCUGGAGGAAAAGGAUAUAGGUGUUCAAGCUUUCUUGGUGCAAAUCCGAUCAAUGGAUGAUCAUCAGCCACUGCCUGGAAUUGAAGUGGGGGAUAUUGGCCCUAAGGUCGGAUUUAAUGCCGUUGACAAUGGAUAUUGUGCAUUCCACAAGAUUCGCAUUCCUCGUGAAAAUAUGAUGAUGCGGUAUGCCAAAGUACUGCCAGAUGGGACUUUUGUUAAGCCUAAAAGUGACAAGUUAGUGUACUUGACUAUGGUUCGAGUUCGAGCUUACCUGAUUAAAUCUUUUGGGGUACAGAUGGGAGCAGCUACCACCAUCUGCACUCGCUUCAGUGCUGCGAGAAUUCAAGGACGCACUUCAGAUAAUAAGGGAGAGUUUCAAGUGCUGGACUACCAGAACCAGCAGCACAAACUUUUCCCGUUGAUUGCGAUUUCGUACGCUGCUCAUUUUGCAGGUGGUUCACUUGUGGAAAUGCACGACUCGACUAUAGAUGUGAUUACGAAGGGUGGAUCGGCAUUUGGCGUCAAGUUGGCAGAGCUUCACGCCGUGUCGUCCGGCCUCAAGGCCUGGCUUGCUGAAAAAGUAAGCAAUGGUGUCGAGACGUGCCGCCGUUUAUGCGGAGGUCACGGAUACACCCAGUCUAGCAACUUGGCAUACUUGUUCGCCGAGAUUGUCGGAGCCAACACGUACGAAGGAACUUUCGACGUGCUUGUACAACAGCAUGCGCGCUACCUAUUGAAGACGCUGUCAUUCCUUCCAGCAAACGUAAAAUCCGUUAAGUUUUUGAAUCAGGCAGAGCGCUACAGAGACCCUAAUUUACGCUGCAAAGCUCAAACUUACGAGGAUUUUGGAAGCUUUAAUCUGCUCCUUGAAGCGUUUCAGGUACGAGCUGCACGUAUCAUACUUGAGCUGGCCAGCCAGAUGAAGGCCACCAACAAUGACGGUAAUGCCUGCAUGAUGCUUAUGACUCGGGCAUCUACUGCCCACACUGAGCUGAUACUGCUCGAAGCGUUCAUCCACGGAGCAAUGAGCUUGCGCUCAGGUCCUGAGCAGCAGUCAGUAACGCAGCUGUGCUCGCUUUUCGGUGCGUGGUUGAUCACCAAGUCCAUCGGUGACUUUCGCCAGUAUGAUUACAUCUCUUCUAGCCAAGUCGGCCUCGUGCGCCAGCAGGUUGUAUGUCUACUGCCGAUUAUCCGCAAGAAUUGCGUGCUGCUCACAGAUGCCUGGGACUUCAGUGAUUUCGAGCUGAACUCCACAAUCGGGUGCUAUGACGGUGAUAUCUAUCGUGCCUUGGUGAAACGUGCUGCUGACGAGCCACUCAAUAAGACACAGGUUCCGGUGGGAUACGUGCAGUACUUGAAGCCGUUCAUUCAAUCUGACUUAUAG